CAACAAUCAAUCUGUUCAUCGUCAGUUUUCAAACCACUACGUCCGCUGUCCCUUUUGGCUAUCCCGUUUCCCGACUCUGUACAGCUAUCUUACUUCCGUUCCGACCGAUACUACCUCCGAUGCCCCAAUCACCAUCAAACUAAAUUGAACCCAAUCACUCCCCCAUAGAAAUAUGUCCGACCAACAACAACAAUCACAACCGGGCAGCGGUACCUCGACCCCGAACCCAGCUGCUUCAUCCUCCUCCAACACGGCGACUCCCAACCCCCGCUUCGCCCCGCAAAACAAAACCGUCCAAGAGCGCGUCUCCUCCUCGACCGUAGGACUCGUCAACCUCGCCGACUUUCGCAAGCGACGCGCCGAAGUUCUCGAGCAACAACACCGCGAAGUUCGAGAGGCCGCGAUUGCUGCUGCGCGAGGGGGUAGCAGCACAGCCACUCCCGUUCUCGACACAGACAACCCCAGCAGCGCGGCUGCGACGCCAUUGGAUCGAUCGGCCACGGGGACGCCUGCGCCCGGGACAGACGCAGAGAACGGGACGACGACAGGCGGCGAGGGGAAGAGCGAAGGCGAAACCAAGAAGAAGACAUCAACGGGGGAAAGAAAAGCAAAGAGGAUAAAGACCAAGAAGGCUUUAGUAAGCUUUGGCGACGAUGAAGAAGAGGGGGAGGAGGAGAUGGUGAUUGUGAAUAAGAAGAAAGCAAAGACACCAGCAGCAGAAAAGGAGGAUACACCGAACCCUGACGGCUCGAUUAGCGAAGACAAGAAAGAGGACACAACAACGAGCACACCCAACCGCGAAAGUAGCGCCGACGCCGACGCCAGCGACAAUGUUACCAAAAAGAAGAAAAUCAUCAACACCUCGGCCCCCAUUAUCCCGCGCGCCCUCACCAAAGCGGCUCUCCGUCGCGAAGCCGCCGAGCGCGAAGCCAUCCGCAGAGAGUUCCUGGCUAAGCAAGCAGCCGUUAAGGCUUCCGAGAUCGCGAUCCCGUUCGUCUUUUACGAUGGUACCAACAUCCCCGGCGGCAUGGUGCGCGUGAAGAAGGGCGACCAUGCUUGGCUCUUUUUGGACAAGUCGAGGAAGGUGGGCGCCGAGAGGGGUGUAGGACAGGACAAGAUUUUGAAUGCGCGGAGGGCGUGGGCGAGGGUGUCAGUGGAUGAUUUGUUGUUGGUUAGGGGGAGUAUUAUCAUUCCACAUCACUACGAAUUCUACUUCUUCAUCAUCAACAAAACACUGGGCCCCGGAAACAAGCGGCUUUUCGACUACUCCGAUGACGCCCCUUUUUCGUUGUCAGAUCCCCAAACAUCCCCAACAGCCGCCGAUCCCGCGGCCCUCUCCACCCCAUCAAGCCGACUCGCUGCCCUCCCGGAUAUCAUGACCUUGGAGGGUGCAAACGACGACCCGACUUUCACCAAAGUCGUGGAUCGGAGGUGGUACCAGCGCAACAAACACAUCUAUCCGGCGAGUACGUGGCAGGAGUUUGACCCGGAAAAGGAUUAUCAGAAUGAGAUUCGAAGGGAUUUGGGCGGGAAUGCGUUUUUCUUUUCGAGGUAGUCGGUCGGUAGAGGUAGUCUUUUGUCGCAAGCGGAUACCGUGCUUGAGUAGAGAAUCGAAGAUGUUGGUUGGCCUUCAAUUGG